GUGGCACUGCAUGGGCUUUGAGUCCAUCCCAACUAUUCCAUGAUUCCAUGAACAGGGCACGGCCAAGGCGCAGAGCCCAAACCCAAGAUGGCUCCUCUUCGGAUUCACAUGCCCUACUCAAAGAUGGCAGCCGCCGCGUCAGGCUCUGCGGCCUCCGCCCCUCCUCCCGCCCCUUCCCCCGGUGCGAGAACGGCCGGAGCCGCGGCAGGAACACGGACGGAACCGCCGCUUCCCCGCGGAGAAGGCGGAAAGCGCGGGCAGAGCCAUGAAACCACCGCAGCGCGGCAGCGGCGCGCGGUGAGCGCUCCCGUAGAAAGCUUGUCCCCUCCUGCUGGCCGUACCGCCCUUCCCGCCUAAAGGCGGCGGGCGUGGCGGCGGCGCCGGCCGUGAGGGGCCCCGCGGCCAUGAAGGCGCUGCGGCGGCUGAGCCGGCACCGCACCGCGCUGGGGCUCGGCGGGCUCUCGCUCUGCGCCGCCGUCCUGCUCUACCUCGCCAAGUGCACCUCCGAGGGGCUGCGCCCGCUGCCCGCGCCCCCCGCGCUCCCGCACAGCCAGCCCGGGCGGGGGGCCCGCGCCGCGCCCCCGGCCGGCCCUGAGGGCAGCGCCUUCGUGGCCGUGGUGGUGAUGAGCGGCCCCAAGUACAGCGAGCGGCGCAGCAUCAUCCGCAGCACCUGGAUGGCGGCGGCGCGGCAGGCGCCUCACGGCCACGUCUGGAGCCGCUUCGUGGUGGGCACGGCGGGGCUGAGCGCCGAGGAGCUGCGGAGCCUGGAGCUGGAGCAGAGCCGCCACCGCGACCUGCUGCUGCUGCCGGAGCUGCGCGACUCCUACGAGAACCUCACGGCCAAGGUGCUGGCGACCUACGUGUGGCUGGAUGCGCACCUGGACUUCCAGUUCGCCCUCAAGGCGGACGACGACACCUUCGUGCGCUUGGACGUGCUGGUGGAGGAGCUGAGGGCCAAGGAGCCGCGGCGCCUCUACUGGGGCUUCUUCUCGGGCCGCGGGCGGGUGAAAUCCGGGGGGAAGUGGAAGGAGAGCGCCUGGCUGCUGUGUGAUUAUUACCUGCCCUACGCGCUGGGAGGCGGCUACGUGAUCUCCGCCGACCUGGUGCGCUACCUGCGCCUCAGCAGGGACUACCUGAACCUGUGGCAGAGCGAGGACGUGUCCCUGGGGGUGUGGCUGGCGCCCAUCGACGUGAAGAGAGUGCACGACCCCCGCUUCGACACCGAGUACAAAUCGCGCGGCUGCAGCAACAAAUACAUCGUGACUCACAAGCAGAGCAUCGAGGACAUGCUGGAGAAGCACCAGACGCUGGCCAAGGAAGGGAAGCUCUGUAAGGAGGAGGUGAAACUCAGGCUUUCCUACAUGUACGACUGGGGAGUGCCUCCCUCGCAGUGCUGCCAGAGGAAGGAUGGCAUCCCCUGAAAGCCUCGGCAGGAAGCCUCAGGAUGGUGGACUCUGCUUGCUGUUACACGGGGAGAAUCCCAUUCAAAUGGAAUUCUUGCCUCGGUUUCUCCCUCAGAACAUUGGGCCAAAAGGCUUUGGGAUGCAGGCCUGGCUGGAUUUAGGGAAAAGCAGAAUCCUGCAAUCUCUGACUCCAUAUCCAAGGACGGACUUCCCAAAUCCCAGCCUGGUGCUGUGGAUCCAUAAUUCCAGCAGAACUGAGUGGGAAGAGCUGAUAAAAUGGAAUUCUUGCCUCAGUUUCUCCCUCAGAACACUGGGAACAAA